CCCCAACAGUCUCCAUCCAACAGCCUCACCAACCCCAACAGGUCUCCACCCUGCCGAAGAGCACCACCGCACAGGCAGCAAUGUCUUCUGGUAAAGCAGGCCGCUAUCUCACCCAGCCACGAGACUCCAAUACCCUCAUCCAGACAUGCAGCUCCAACAUCCAGAAGAUCACACAGAACACUGCCCAGAUAAAGAGCAUGGUGAAUCAGCUGGGGACGGGACAAGACACCAGCGAACUGAGGGACAGUCUGCAGCAGAUACAGCACUUUACRAACCUGCUGGCCAAGGAGACCAACAAGCACCUGAAAGACCUGGGCUCCGUCUCACCAURUUCAGCACCGUCAGAGCAGAGGCAACAGAAGAUCCAGAAGGACCGACUGAUGAAUGAUUUCUCCGCUGCCCUCAACAACUUCCAGGCCAUCCAGCGCCAGGCAGCACAGAAGGAGAAGGAGUCUGUGGCCAGAGCCCGAGCUGGUUCCCGUCUCUCAGCUGAAGAUGGUGCCUCUGAGGAACAGCUUGUGUCUUUUGAUAACCAAGAUGAUUGGGCUCAGACAACCACACAGACGACAGAGGAGGCCAUAACAGAAGAGGACUUGGUGCUUAUCAAGGAGAGAGAGACUAACAUCAGACAGCUAGAAUCGGACAUCUUGGAUGUGAACCAGAUCUUCAAGGACCUGGCAGUGAUGAUUCAUGAUCAGGGAGAGGUGAUUGACAGCAUAGAGGCCAACGUGGAGAGUGCUGAGGUCCACGUAGACCGAGGGACAGAGCAGCUUCAGAGAGCCGCCUACUUCCAGCUCAACUGUCACCAACCCACCCAUCCCUCUGCUCUGUCUCUCACCUCAGCAAAAGUCCCGUAAGAAGAUGUGCAUCUUGGCCGUGGUCCUGUCCAUAGUACUGACCGUACUGGGCAUCAUCAUCUGGCAAGCCACCCAAUGAGAAGAGAGACCGCACCCAAGCUUCCUCUGUCACUUCUUUAUUUGUUUCAACCUGAAGCCCCGGAUGGAUCCCUGGAGUGGUUUGAGGAAGGGAUUCCCGGCUAGCUCACUGUUGGCAGGGUCAGAGGUCAGGGGAGUGUAUCAGGGGCAAAGGGAUGGGUCUGGGAUGUAACCUUACCUGUUAACUGACAUCCCCCCCCCCAUCAA